UCGGGGGAGCUCGACUGCUGCUCUGCCUGGGGACGAUGCAGGACGAGGAGGGCGACGUGGGGCUAGACCCACAGCUCCACAAGGGCAGCCUGUUUGCAGCUGGGAACCAAGCUGCUGACCCUGAGCCCCCAACUCUCCCUGUUCCAGCUCCCUGCAGGCACAGACACUGCUUAGUGGCGCUGGGCGCCGGGUGUAUCUCUCUGACCUUGGCUGUGAUCGUGCUGAGCCGUGUGGUUUCCCACUUGGUAUCUGAGAAGGGACAGACCCCGGCAGCCGCUGGGAGCGACAGAGCCGGGAGCAGAGAUACAGCGACACCCCCUGGGAGCGACGGAGCCGGGAGCAGAGACCCCAGCACAGCAGAAUGCAGCGCCCGCCUGGAGCGUUUCCGAUCCCAGCUAUGCCCCCCGGCCCCGGCCGGCCCAGCAGGGGGCUCCGGGUGCAAACUCUGCCCCACAGACUGGCGGCUGGACGGGGACAAGUGCUACUGGGUCUCCAGAGGAAGUAAAACGUGGAGCGAGAGCCGCGCCGACUGCUCAGCGAGGGGCUCCCAGCUGCUGGUGAUCCGGGACCGGGAGGAGCUGGAGUCCCUACAGGCCCUGACAGGAGGCACGUCUCAGUUCUGGGUCGGACUGUCCGUCCCCUCCCCGGAGAAGGCCUGGACCUGGCUGGACGGCUCCCGGCUGGAUCAGACCCAGUUCCCGGCGUCAGGCCCGGCUGAGGGGAACAGCUGUGGGGUAGUGGAGGGGAAUCGGAUUCGUUCUGACACAUGUGACUCAGGAUUUCAGUGGAUUUGCCAGAGAGACGCCGUCCCGCUCUGA